AUGCGGCCUCUGCCUAGCCUCCUGCUCCUAUGCGCGAGCUACGGCGUGACCGCUAUCGCGUACGAGGGCGAGGAGAGUUCGGACGAGGACAGCGACCAUGAAAAGUGGGACGAUAAGUGGUGGCUGGACAUCGAGGAGUACGGGGAUGCCAACUUUGAGGCGCGAAAGGCGGCUGGGUUGGCGGCGUAUGCGGCGGCGCUCGCGGACGGCCUCUCUCGGGAGGCGGCUUGCGACGCAGCUCUUGCGGCUGUCGAGGCGCUCCUGCUUAAGCAGGAGCCAUGGAGGCUCAAAUUCCUCAAGGCGGAGGAAGGCGUGGGAGAGGCGGACGCGAACAACCGCCGCCGGCGGGCGGCGAAGGGGCGCGCCAAGGAGGAGCGCGAGGAGCGCGCGGAGCUCGCUCCCUUUGGGGAGGAUUACGGCUCGGGAGGGCUAAAUCGUGCAGAGAUCGACUUGUUCGAUGACGAUGGCCCCUGA